AGCGCUGGGAAGGGGAUUGGGAUUUCCUGCCGAGCCCAGGCUGCCUGGCUUUUUUCACCCAAACACCAGUGGAUUCUGGCCCGAACUUCCGCCGUCCAAAGCCAAGGAUAGGCUCCGCCCCGUCCUGGUUAAGUAGCUGCGCGUGAGUCUGAGUUCCAGGCAUGGAGGCAGGCGGGCUGGGCUGCGCUGUGUGCGUGUUGACCGGGGCCUCCCGGGGCUUUGGUCGCGCCCUGGCCCCGCAGCUGGCCCGGUUGCUGUCGCCCGGUUCGGUGAUGCUCGUAAGCGCACGCAGUGAGUCGAUGCUGCGGCAACUGAAGGAGGAGCUGGGCGCUCAGCAGCCUGACCUGAGAGUGGUGCUGGCAGCCGCCGAUCUGGGCACCGAGGCUGGCGUGCAGCGGUUGCUGAGCGCGGUACGCGAGCUCCCGAGGCCCGAGGGGCUGCAGCGCCUGCUGCUCAUCAACAACGCGGGCAAUCUUGGGGAUGUUUCCCAUUGGUUGCUCAGGGUGAAUGACCUAGCUGAGGUGAACAACUACUGGGCUCUGAACCUGACCUCCAUGCUCUGUUUGACCUCCGGCACCUUGAAUGCCUUCCGGGAUAGAAGAAAGACGUUUAACAGGCAACGUAGUAGAGCCUUGGCCAGUCCUGACUCGGCUCUACCCUCCACACACAGCAGGGACCUACAACCUCUGCUCCUGUCUUGUGCCUUCCACCCACCAGGUCCCCUGGACAACGACAUGCAGCAGUUGGCUCGGGAAACCUCCAAGGACCCAGAGUUAAGGAGCAGACUGCAGAAGUUGAAGUCGGAUGGGGAGCUGGUGGACUGUGGGACUUCAGCCCAGAAACUGCUGGGCUUGCUGCAAAAGGACACCUUCCAAUCUGGAGCCCAUGUGGACUUCUAUGACAGUUAAGCUCAUGUCCUGUCACAGUGGCCCCCUUCUCCCCUCACAAGCCCUGCCUAACACACAUAUAAGCCCUUCAACCCAGCCAGCAAGGAGCGGUGGACACUGCCAGUCAUCGGAAGGCUUUUGCAGAGGCUUGGGAGCGAGCUGAUGUGCACUGGAGUUCUCUGACCCCUGGAAGAACGCUUUAGAGGUGGGAAGAGCAGGAGAAGCAGAAACACUGGACAGAUGAGGUUGAGG